GGGGAGGCGGCUUCUUCCGGCUGGGCCGAGGAGCAGCUUCGUCAGUUGAAGGACACCUGCAGCGAGGUCUGUGCGUUCUGGAAGAUUGAAAUCAUGGCAGGUCCAGAAACUGAUGCCCAGUACCAAUUCACUGGUAUCAAAAAAUAUUUCAACUCUUACACUCUCACAGGGAGAAUGAAUUGUGUACUGGCCACAUACGGAGGUAUUGCUUUGAUAGUUAUAUACUUUAAGUUAAGGUCUAAAAAAACUCCAGCUGUGAAAGCAACAUAAACGGAUUCUCAAC